UAUAAUGUUAUCUUUUUUCUAGUUUAUCUCAAGAUAUGAGGGUUGUACCAAUAUUAAGAACAGUCUUUUAAAUACAAUGAAGAUCAAAGUAGACCUCUUCCACACACCGUUUCUCAUUAUUUAUGUUACCGAAGAAUGCGUUAGUUUCUCUGAAGAAAAUAGUUAUUUAAGGUUAUUAAGUUCCUUUGGCGAUUUAAGGAUUGCAAAAAAAAACAAUACAGAAGAAAGAAAAGGACGACAUUGUAAAAGUUUGAAGUUUAUCCUAAGCGCGUUAUACCUACAACCCUUUAUGAGAGUAUGUGCAAAUUCUAAAGUUUUCAGGAGAAAUAUAAAUAAUUUAUUCGAACUGAGUGGUAACAAGAGUGAGAGAACUUUUUUAAAAUUAAUACUAGAACCACCUGAUAAAGAAAUUAUAGAUUAUGCCUGGAAUGAAAGAGUUUCAUAUUUAGUAUGGAGUAAGAUUGAAAUAGAAAAUGCAUUUGCAUGGCUAUCUACUUUAGGAGGUGCAUAUUCUGCAUUAGGUGACUACUUUGAGCACUGUGCUGAAGAAGCAGGCAGAAUUUCUGUUAGACAGUAUAGAUUAUCACAAAUGCUUGGAGAUGAAAGUCUUGCUGCUCGUAGUGAACUAUAUUCAGCACUGGCGUUUGCACAGAAGGGCCACUUGAAGUUAUCAAGACAAAUUGUUAGGAAGGUUGCAGCAUUUGCUAGAUCUACAAAUGAUAAACGUCUAAAUAGGAUGUGCCUGGGUGUCUGGGCUAAAUUGAAGUAUCUACGAAAACUAAGUCAGGAUAAUGUAAGGGCAAAGGUGUAAAUAAAUAUUUUAUUUUUUAUUGUUAUAUAUACAUUUUUUCUCUGAAUAUGCAUCCUGUAAGGUUAUUCGAUACAGUAAAAUGUAACAUAUUCAAAACAUAACAAAAAGUUUUUUAAAGCGUGACUUUAAAAAUAAUUCAAAUAAAUUUCAUUUAUGUUACUUUUGAAAUAACUAUUAAAAAUCUUCAUAUAUUUAAAGAAACAUAUAAAAUGGGAUUCUAUUUCAAAAUAUCCAUGUUUAAUUGUUGCUUUUGCUAUAAUAGACCAGGGUAGAAGCCUUUAAAAAAUAAUGAAAAGUGAAAAAAAAUAAUAGUAGGAUUAGAUUAGAUUAACCCAUUAGAAAAGGAGGGGAAUAUUAUAAUAAUUAAAGGACAAAUAAUUUAUGGGCGAUCUGAGGUUGGGAAGGGGAUCGGGGUGAGGGAGGGUAAAAAACGUUUUUUCUCGAUUUCCGGCAAAACUAAAAGUGUUAUCGAAAAAAGUCAAAUGGUAAAGUUGUAGGUAAUAAAAUUUUAGAUCUGUUUAUUUACACUUUUUUCACAUAACCUCAAAAUUUAUGUGAAAAAUUAAAAAAAAACAAGUUUUUGUUUUUUAUUUAAAAAAAAAAAUUAUAACGAAAUUUGGUGAAAACUUUCCUUUUCAUGUCCCAAAUACGCUGUAAGUUAUUUGAUUUAAAAUAUUUAUAUUUUCACCUUAUUUUGAAUGAAUAUCGAAAAAACCCCCUAAUUUUCAAUAAAAAAUUCACCCGUCAAAAUAUCAGCUUUUUUCAAAGAGUUGGUAUGUUUUCUGUUCGUAGAAAUCUCUACUUCCCCCCCCUUUUCUAAUUUGUUUCAUCCUACUAUUAUUUUUUUUGGUUUUAAAAAUUAUCGACCCUGGUCUAUAAGUUUAAUGUAAAAGGAACGUAGGAAUUAAUCAUCACGUUCGGACAUACGUGAGCGUGGUUUAAAGAUGGCGGAACUAGGAAGUUGAGGUGUUACGGAAAACUAUAUUUCUGAGGCCGAGAGUUCUUUAACUGACUGUCUCAAAUUUAACUCAUCAUUGUGAUAUAUUUGACUAUGCUAAUUGAAUAUAAAGAUUACUUCAAAUAUAAGACAAAGAGUGCCUAUCUAUUACCACAAACCUUGAAAUUAUUUUAGUAAUUAAAAGAUUGUUAAAGACAUAUUUUUAAAUAUUGUUUAAAUAUCUUGCCUUAAAUUAAGACUUAGUUGUCCAUCCGUUAUAGGCACGUUUUUUCGAAAUCUCGAUGCUUCAGUUACAUUGUUUAUAAAUGAUCGGAAAUAAUGAGAGAAUGUAAACAUUCAGAACAAUGGGUGAAAUACCUUGUAUAGUUUAUCUUCACACUGAAAAUGAAUAUAGUAUUAUUAUUCAGGGAUAAAGAUUCCUAGCUUUAUAAUGUGCUAGAACAUCAUGAAAAUACGAAUGUAUUGGCUUGCAUGGCAUUUUUUUAUUAAUUUUAAUUCAGCUGUUUAAGUGUUAAUAUUAAUAUGUUAAUGUUUGUGAACCGAAUGUCAAAAAUUCAGACCGAGAAAAAUGAUAAUCAAGAAGACUAGAAUCGAGGCAUAGCGGGCGGGCACCUGUCUAUUCAAGGACAUCUUGUUUCUUCCCUUUGUUUGCACACCUAGUUUAUACCUUUAAAUAAAUAUACAGUUACUCCCUCGACUGUCUCUUUA